AUUCCUUAUUAUCUUUAUCAACAAAACUAUUGUGGUUUUUGACAAGUAAACAAAAUUUCUGUAAUUUUAAUAAGAAAUUAAAAAUUCAAUAAAUUUUUAACUAAAUUUUAACAAAAGAAGGCCUUAAAAUCUUGGCGUCACUGGGGUGUUUUUAUCGAGUUGCAGCAUGGAAUCAGAGACACCCGCUAACGCUAUGGCGGACAAUAAUACCUCAGCUAAUAAUCUAGGGCUUAAUGAAGCGACUCCCAUGGACACCGAUGAAAAUGUUAAUAAUACAGAAAGUUCGGCUGAAACGGGUGCACAUACCGAUCACAUGGAUACCGAAAAUGCUAACCCGGAAGGCCAGCCUAUGGAUAAUUUACCUACCCCUAGCUCUAGUAAUACAGAAACUACAACGCCCACUGCUGGUCCAACGUCCUCUCAAAGUGAACAGUUAGAUGCGGCUAAUGAUAAUUUAGCCACAUUAGCAGCAGUCUCAGCGGCCGGAGCAGCCGAGUCUAAUAACAAUCCAGCCGGAUCACAGACAUCAGCAAUGGACUCAGCCUCUAACAACAAUCAAAUAACUGGCGAGGAAACUCCCAACAAAUCAUCAGCGAGUAAUAGCAAUAAUACCACUAACAAUAACCAAACUCCAACGCCCACAACUAAUUCUACACUUACCACCAACAAUCCUCCCUUAGAUGAGGAAGAUGCCAAGUGGCACACCGUGGGUAUUUUCCAGGGUCUUUCUACUACCGUUACUAGUUAUAUAGAUAAUACUGUGUGGUCUUCCUCCGGGCUUAAUUUAAAUGCCGAAGACAUACCCGAUUUGGGGCAACAUCCCCGUAUUAAUCUAGAACCUGGCACCGCCUAUCGUUUCCGCAUACGUGCCCUUAAUUCGGUGGGCGCUAGCGAUUGGAGUGAGGUUUCUAGUUUUAAAACCUGUCUGCCAGGUUUUCCUGGAGCUCCUUCGGCUAUAAAAAUAUCAAAGUCUUCGGAGGGGGCUCAUUUAACCUGGGAACCACCACCAAGUUGUGUCAGUUCCAAUGAAAUAGUAGAGUAUUCAGUUUAUUUGGCCGUCAAACCUGGCAAAGAAAAGGAAACCAAGGCUGGUCAACGAGCUCCUGCCCAAUUAGCCUUUGUACGUGUUUAUGUAGGUGCUGCCAAUCAGUGUACUGUUUCCCAUACUUCACUUUCAGCGGCUCAUGUUGAUUGCUCCAAUAAACCGGCUAUAAUCUUUCGCAUAGCUGCCCGCAAUGAGAAAGGUUAUGGUCCUGCUACUCAGGUUAGGUGGCUGCAAGAUCCUGUGCAAAAUUCCGCCAACAAUCCCGGUUUAGGACCUAAUAGUUUGCUCUCGCCAACACGCGUUAAACCGGAACUUACUGGUGCCUCACCAAGUAAACGUUUUAAAGCUACUGUGGCUGGCGGUGGUGGACGUUAAGGGGACAAAAUAUAAUUUUAUUUUCUUUUCGUAUAAUAUACUUAGAUUUCUUUUCAUUUUUUUACGCAAACGUUACAAAUAUAUAGUUUGUAAAGCACAUAUAGAAUUUUCAAACUAAAUAAGUUAUUUUAAUAUAUCUUAACAUUAAAAAACAGUUUCUUAAUUAAACAAACUAAACAUUUAAGUUCGAUUAACUCUGUCAAAUAAACUGUACUUUAAAUAUCUUUAAAUUUAACAAAUAAAGUGUAAAAUAGCAGAUCAAA